AUGGGCGAGCUGACCAAGCAAGGGCGAGACAGCUUGUUUCGCGGCGCAAAGUGGGAGCGGCGGUUUUGUCUAUUGCAAGACGAUAAUUUGUUUUAUUUUAAGCGGCGAGAGGACGAGCUGCCGAUCGGCGUCAUGUCGAUCAAAAACGCCACCAUCAUUAAGGAACAUUCGCACGACCACAAGCCAUGUAUCAGCAUCACUGCGCAGGAAAGCCACAACUUUGAGUCGCAAAAGUCGUUUGCGCAGCGCACGUACAACUUCCUUGCCAACAGCGACGACGACUGCGAGCAGUGGGUUCGCGCCCUCGCUCUCGCUGGUCAACGAACAACUGGCCGACGGUCGCAGUCGAGCACGCCAGCCGCAGCAGCAGCAUUGCCUCCAGCCCGGCCACCAAAGCCAGCAACGGCAGACAGUCCAAAGGCUGCCAACGGCACCAGUGGCGGCCUGUUGAUAUCUGGUGGCCCACCGGCACGGCCACCCAAAAAACCAGCAGCCGCAGCCAACAGCGUCCCUAUGAGCGACACGUUGAAUCUGGACGACUUGCUCAAGCCCAACAUGACUGACCAUGCUGCCCAAUGCUCGUGGAUUACUCCUGCCGGAGCUCUUUCCAGCGACAUUGAUACCUUCAUUGAUGAAAUCGAGCUGAUCAAUACUGAUCUGAGCAAGGCAACAUCCCUUCCGACGGCAGCCCAAACGAUUCCCGACGCCGACUUUAUCGUAUCACCCGUCACCCGGAUCGUCCAGGCAGUCGACGCAGUGGUGCAACUGGUUACUGCUGGCAAGUCCCUCUGUACUAUUGCGACCAACUUGCGAACGUGCUAUCGCGCUAUCGGCUUUUUCGAAACGGUCGAGACAGAGCUCGCUCUGCCAGGUGCCCGCCCGCCCAAAAACGGCCAAGUGUACUUGAUCAUUGAUUACGUCAACCACGCCAUGCUGCAAGCGGUCGAGGCUGUCAAUGUCGAGCACAAGUCCCGCUACGUCGAUGUUACCACCGUCCUGGUUGAUGUUGCAGGUCGCAUCAUCAAGGCCACCGACGCCAUUCUCCCUCAACUUGGCCCGUCCGUGCUGUCCGCCCCAAGCUCUCCGUCCCUUUCCCGCGCCACCUCCCACACAUCGAUCGAUCAAUCCGACCCAUCGCAGCCGUUUUUGCCUGGUGAUUCCUCCGUCAUUCGCAAAAACCGCACGGAACUCACGCAGUUUGUGUCGCAAAUGGUCACGCACACCAAGCUGGCUGUGGGUGUCUGGCCGGCGCCCAACGCGUGCAUCGACAUGCUCGUCAUGCUGAUGGCGUCCGCGCAGGGUAUCUUGCGGCUGCUGGGUUGCGUUCAAAUGUGCAGCGCGUGGAGCCAGUACCGUGCGGACUUGCACAACCUGCUGCGCCUCAAGUAUUCCACCGACGCACGCUUCAAUGGCACGGGCACAUCGACCUCUGCCACUCCGACUACUCCCACCGCCAGCGCUGCUGCGACCGCAACACCCAGCCCAGUUGGCGGCACUGGCACGGAGCGUCCCAAGAUCUCGCUUCCUACAGCCGAUGCGCCCGAAGACCCCACCCUCGCGAAUCGCCGCAAGGCUCGCAUCUCCUCCUACAACGGCACAGGCGCGCCGACACUCAUCCCGACGUCACUCGCCCUUGUGGACAUGAUUCGCAAGAUUGGCCACGACUUGUGCAUCAACACGGUCAUCUCGAGCACGCUCGAGCGGCUGAUUGCGACCAUCAACCGGAUUACCACGUCACUUAGUAACGAUCUACGCGUCGACCGCCGCGAUGCCGCUAUUGAGCACGCAAUGAACCUCUCUGCGGCCACCGCGCAAGUGGUGGAGGAGGUGGACGCGAUGGAGCUCAAUUUCAUUGACGUUGGCGUGCGGUUCCGCUGGGACUCGUGCAAAACCGAGCUGGCCGUCUGCAUUGACGACUUCAAGUCCAUCCGCUUUAUGAUUACCGGCAUUACAGCUCCGACCCCGCAAGGCAUCGACCGCUACAUUGCCGUCACCAAGUCCGUCUCGGUCUCGUGCCAGCACUUGCUCACGGCGGCCAAGGCAGUCAUUGAGCACCAGGAGCAGUUGCUUGUCCAACACCACCGCGAUCAGGACGCGCACAUCAAGAGCCACGCCACAGCCCGUCACAAGAUGAACCAGCUCACGGUCGCCUUCAACAAGCACAGUGAUGCGUUCGCGAAUCGCGUCACCGACACUCAGACGCUCCCGCCGAUUGCUCAAAGCCCGCCGAACUCUGCCUCGCAGCCAGCCACUCCGACUAUUCCUCGUCCGUCUCCCCUUUCGGGUAGUUCGACGCCGGCAACUGGCAGCACGGGCAGCUCGUCCACGCCCUCUCUCACCGGCUCUCUUGGUAGCUCGCAAACCAACUCGUUGACCAACUCACUCCCAACCUCGCAGACCAACUCGCUCAGCAACUCUCUCGCCGCCUCCUCGCUUUCCUCCUCGAUGAAUGACCUGAGCAUGGAAGACGGCAUUGUCUUUGGCGAGGAGGUUGCCGGCGACGGUAAAGAAGCUCCGGUUCGGCCUGUGAAGGGUGGCACGCUGGUCAAAUUGGUCGAGCGCCUGACCUUCCAGUCUCAUCCCGACCCGCAAUUCACCACGGCCUUCCUGCUGACCUACCGCUCGUUCACGGACCCCCUCAAGCUGCUCGAUCUGUUGAUUGAGCGCUACAGCACGCAGCCUCCGGAUAUCCUGGUCAAUCAGGGCCUUCGCGACAAGUACAUGACGGAGACCAUCGUCCCGAUUCGCCUGCGUGUGUUCAACGCCCUCAAGCUGUGGAUUAACACCAACUGGGAUGAUUUCAAGUCUGACGAUGUCCUGCAAGCGCGGCUCAAGGCUUUCUUGGAUAUCAUGUCGGUGGACUUGGACACGGCCGCUCAACACUUGCGUCGUCUUUUGGAGCGCAAGUGGACUGUCGGCGAUAUUGGUCGCAAGUUUGUCUUUGACUCAAAGCUUCCCACGCCCAUCAUCCACCAAAACAUCCGCCAGUCGUCGCAAAUUCUCACCGUGCUCGAUAUCGAUCCUCUCGAGCUCGCCCGCCAGCUCACCAUCAUUGACUGGAAGGAGCACGCUGCCAUCCAGCCCAAGGAGUGUCUGGAUCUCGCAUGGACAAAGAAAGACCGCGAGCAAGCGCCGCACAUUCUCGCCAUGAUUGAUUUGGCGACGCGCUUGAGUUUCUGGGUGGCAUCUGCCAUUCUGAGUGAAGAUGCAGUCAAGGCGCGUGCCAAAGUCGUUGCGCAUUUUAUCAUGGUCGCCGAGGCUCUUCCCAACAAGGUCAGAUCUUCGUACAGUGAACUCAAGGAACUCAUGUCCGAGCAGAACAACUUUGGCCGUUAUCGCCAGGUCCUGCAUUCCAUUGAUCCGCCUUGUAUCCCUUUCCUCGGUAUCUAUCUUACCGAUCUCGUCAUGAUUGAAAGUGGCAACAAGAACUUUAUCAAAGGCACCGAUUUGAUCAACUUCGACAAGCGCCGUAAGAUUGCCAGCGUCAUUCAGGAAAUUCAGCAGUACCAGCAAUCUCCGUACCACCUCCAAGAAGUCGAGCCCAUUGCGCAGUUUAUCGCCAAUGUUCCGUUCAUGGAGUCCAAGGACGAAAUGUACGAAAAGUCGCUGAUCUUGGAGCCUCGUGACGGCAGCACGCCCGCUGCCGCCAAGCAACCGACCAACACGAUUGGACGCACUGGAAUGCGCAAGAAUUCUGUUGCUCCACCGACUUUCUCAAAGGAGGCGUAA